AGUGCCACAACCUGGGCUCCUUGGACAAAAGUGGUGGCUCGUCAUGGCGAUGCCUUGGGCACCACCACCACCAUGCCUCAGUGGGUAGUGAGGUGCCAGGGCAGGAUGCUGGGGGUGACCUGGGCAUCCACCACCAGCCUUGCAGUCUCUUUGGGUGGUCGGUGGCAUGUACCGGCAUCUUGCCUCCUCGUUUCUCGGCCGUGGGGUCCGUCCACCCCGUCUCACCCCACUUUGCCUCCGUCCAGGUUCAGGGGUCUGCAGUAGGUGGGAAGAGGAGAAGAAAGAAGAUGGGGUGAAGUGGACGCAACUGGAGCACAGAGGACCCUACUUUGCCCCCCUCUACGAACCGCUGCCUGAUGAUGUGCAGUUUUAUUAUGAUGGCAAACCCCUGAAGCUGAGCCUGGCCACAGAAGAAGUUGCCACCUUCUACGCUAAAAUGCUCGAUCAUGAAUACACGACCAAGGAGAUCUUCCAGAACAACUUCUUCAAUGACUGGAGGAAGGAGAUGACUUCACAGGAGCAGAAGAUAAUCAAGGACCUGGACAAGUGCGACUUCAGGGAGAUCCACAAGUACUUUGUGGACAAAAGUGAGGCACGGAAGGCACUCUCCAAAGAGGAGAAGCAGAAACUGAAGGAGGAGGCGGAUAAGAUCCAGGAAGAGUAUGGGUACUGCAUCCUUGAUGGGCACCGUGAAAAGAUAGGCAACUUCAAAACCGAGCCACCGGGGCUUUUCCGUGGCCGUGGUGACCACCCCAAGAUGGGCAUGCUGAAGAAGCGGAUCAUGCCGGAAGAUGUUAUCAUCAACUGCAGCAAGGACUCUAAGAUCCCUGAGCCUCCAGCAGGGCACAAGUGGAAGGAGGUGCGCUUUGACAACACGGUUACCUGGCUGGCCUCGUGGACAGAAAACAUCCAGAACACUUUGAAGUACAUCAUGCUGAACCCCAGCUCCAAGCUGAAGGGUGAGAAAGACUGGCAGAAGUAUGAGGUAGCCCGGCGCUUAAAGGAUGUUGUCCACAAAAUCCGUGCUCAGUACCGAGCCGACUGGAAGUCCAAGGAGAUGAAGAAGCGGCAAAGAGCAGUGGCCCUCUAUUUCAUUGAUAAGCUGGCCCUGCGAGCUGGCAAUGAGAAGGAGGAAGGGGAGACUGCGGACACAGUUGGCUGCUGCUCCCUACGCGUGGAGCACAUCAAACUGCACCCCAAGCUGGAUGGGCAGGAGCAUGUGGUAGAGUUUGACUUCCUUGGGAAAGACUCCAUCCGUUACUACAACAAAGUGUCGGUGGAGAAGCUGGUGUUCAAGAACCUGCGGCUGUUCAUGAAGAACAAGGACCCAGCAGAUGACCUCUUUGACAGGCUCAAUACAUGCAUCUUGAACAGACACCUCCAGAGUCUGAUGGAUGGUUUGACUGCCAAAGUCUUCAGGACCUACAAUGCUUCCAUCACCCUGCAGGAGCAGCUCAAGGCACUCACUAACUCUGAAGACAAUGUUGCGGGAAAACUCCUCUCCUACAACCGAGCUAACCGAGCAGUGGCCAUCCUGUGCAACCAUCAGAGGUCUACACCGAAAACCUUUGAGAAGUCAAUGCAAAACCUCCAGGCCAAGAUCGAUGCCAAGAAGCAACAGGUGGAGGAAGCCCAGCAAGAGCUGAAAAAAGCCGAAGACGAGUUUGAAGACACAAAAGAUGCCAAAGCAGAAGCCAAUGUGGAGAAGAAAAAGAAGCUGUUGAAGCGGCUGGAAGAGCAGCUGGCCAAGUUGAAUGUCCAGGCCACAGAUAAGGAGGAGAACAAGCAAAUAGCUCUGGGCACGUCCAAGCUGAAUUACCUGGACCCCAGGAUUAGCAUAGCUUGGUGCAAGAAGUUUGGUGUGCCCAUCGAGAAGAUCUACAACAAGACACAGAGGGAGAAGUUUGCCUGGGCAAUCGACAUGGCCGAUGAGGACUUUGAAUUCUGAGUGCCUUUCACGUUAUGUGGUGCUUUUUUGGUGCUAUUGGAAGGCUUUAUCUUUAUGUGCCACUGCAGUUGUUGCAGGGGUGGGGCUAGGGUGUUGUCUAAUGAAAGAGUUUGAUACGGGUAUUUUGUGCCUUUUGUUUGUAUACAAAAGAAAACACCCAGUUUCUACUUUAAACAGGUACGUGUGACACUCAUCCUGCCUGCAGUGACUUUGAUGUGAACUUUUAAUGCCUCUCCAGAGUUGCCAAGUGCUUUGGAUAUUUUCUUUCCUCCUCCAGAGUCUGGGAAGAAGAUUGAAUGAGAACCUUAAUUGUGCUGAUAAACAAGAUUAGAUCUAAUCCUCUCUCCUUGAUGUGUAGUGGAGCUGUGCUGCCCUUUUCAGGCUCUCUGAAUUGGCUUGAUGGGGAAACAUAAGGCAAUCACAGCACCGAAACAGGCAGCUGUGGUGUAAAACCUGGGCUUGGGUCAGGGAUGCACUGGGAGGAAGGGAAAAAAAUCUCAGGAUUUUACAUGUCAGGGUAUUUCGUGCCCUUUCACCUCCAGGAGAGGAGAAAAUCGUGCAACUGCACAAACCGAAAUGGAAAAAUGUUGUGGGCGGGAGCGAACGUCUUGGCAGGAGAAGGAGGGAGGGGAAGAUACUGGAUUAAAAAGGCAAGUUCCACGUGGAGGGCUGAAAUUCACCUUGGCAUGAGCAAAGUGUGUUUUAAUCACCCCUAUGUGCUUAAGCCUUGGUCUGGGAGAGGACGCCUCAUUUGGGGACAUACUUUCUUUCCCCUACUUGCUUCAGUUGUCUCUGGCUCAGCUCACUGUAUCCGUCGCAGAAACUAAACUGUACAGUCCCACAUUUAGCACUGGGGACAGGAUGAUGCUGGCUGUGGGGCUGGAUCAGGCUCCAGUGGGAUUUGAGUGUGCUGGGGAGUGGUACCAAUCUUACUGGAGCUGUGCCUGCAUGGGAUGACAGCUUCGUCACCGGGCUGCAUCCUCCCUGCUCUGCUCCCACUGGGUAUGGAGCAGGCAGGGACCAAUAGGAUAAACUGCUGGUGGUUGCUGCCUAAUUGGCUGCUUUUCAGAGGAAAAAAAAAAAAAAUAACAACGAUAUCAGCAUGUACCUGGCAACAGUUACCCUACAUACCAGUGAGUCUCAGGUGUAAGCAAGCCGUUGCGUUGGCAGCAAAGCCUUCUGGCAUCUCAGGGCUGAUGUUCAGGUCGCUGUAGUCCAAAGCUCUCGGUGCUUCCCAUGUGUUCAUUGACAACCACUUGUUCUUGUGUUUAAACUGUUGCUAUUUUGGUUGGAAGUCAGGUACUUGAAACGCAUUUCAUUAAAACUGGAAGUGACUUA